UAUUAAUAAUAAUAAUAUAAUACCUGUGGCAAAGUGUGUGAAGCAAAGCAUAAUGGAAGGUUAAGCGAAGGAGAGAAGGAAGAUGGAGAACUACUCAUACCAAUCGUACCCAGACUCAGGGGAGUCAUCACCGCGUUCAAGAGAGAUAGAAUUCGAGAACCCACCGCCAUGGGACGAGCAGAACCAAAACUACAAAGCAAAGUUCAUGUGCAGCUACGGCGGCAAGAUCCAGCCACGCACCCACGACAACCAGCUCUCCUACGUCGGAGGAGAGACCAAGAUCCUGGCCGUCGACCGCACCGUCAAGUUCCCGGCCAUGCUGGCCAAGCUCUCCGCCCUAUGCGACGCCACUCCCCACGACACGCUCACCUUCAAGUACCAGCUCCCCGGCGAAGACCUCGACGCUCUCAUCUCCGUCACCAACGACGACGACCUCGACCACAUGAUGCACGAGUACGACCGACUCUACCGCGCUCCCGCUAGACCCGCCCGCAUGCGAUUAUUCCUCUUUCUCUCCGAAACUCCUCCUUCUCUCCCCGCCUCCGACCCCGUUAAGCCCAACAACGUCGACUUCCUCUUCGGUCUCGACAAAUCCGCUGCUCCUCCUCCGCCGCCGCCGCUCAAAUUCCACGAUCAGCCGCCGGAGCCUCUGCCGCCGCCGCCGCUGCCGGAGUACAAUUCGCGGUUGAAUUUAAACCCUAACGUCGCGGUUUCGGAUCCAAACGCGAUUCAGAGGCAGUUGCAGCAGAUGCAAAUCGCGGAGAACGACCAAGCUGCUUACCGGAGGAAAAGCGAGGAUAACUACCCCGCCGCCGGCGAUUAUUAUAUCCAGAAAGUACCGGAGAAGUUUCCUCCGACGAGUUUCCCGGCCUCCGCGCCGGGCUAUUGGCCGGAGAAGCGUGUCUCCGGCGAGUCUUAUCCGCCGGCGGUUUCCACCGGAGAUGCGCCGGUUUACAUGAUUCCGGCGCCGGGGACGUUCUACCACACGCCGGUGGUGCGGCCGCCGGUUACGCAGGGGUACUACGCGGUGCAGCGAAUGGCUUCUGAUGGUUACCGUGAGGCGCCGGUGUACGGCGGCGUUCCGGCGCCUAAAACAGCGGUUGCGGCGAGUUUGAUGGCGGCGCAGACUGUUAAGGCUCCCGCGUAUACGGAAGGAUUCGGUGUGGUGCGGCCAGGUGGGAUAGCGGAUAGUACGAGUGCUCCGUACGCACAGGUGGCGUACGAUAGUGCGAGUGGGAGGCAGGUGUACUAUACUGCGCCGGGUGGCGUUGUGCACGCCCCUCCGUACCAAGGGGUUUUUCCACCCGUCACCGCUGAUAUGAGACCGAGUGGGGCUUCGUUGGGCCAGGAUGUUAAAGUUAUAAGCAAGGUUACUCAAGGUUCAGUGUGAUUACCCACCAAAGCCAUAAAUUAAUUAAUAAUAACGCUUUACUGCUUCAGCGUGAUUCAGAUUAUGGUAUUUUUCUUCUUUUUUGUUACUUUCUUUUGUUUGUAAUCCUAUUUAUGUAAUAGGAAUAUUAUUAGGUUUUAAUUUUUCGCUUGCUAUUUGUUGUACACAAUGUCGAUGAUGCAUGGUUAUGCUAUAUUGCUAUAAUGCUAUGGCUUCGUGUUUAUUUCUUUCCGUGCUA